AUGGCAGACAGAAGCUUGCUGGGUUCUCCCUUCUCCUGGUCGAGUUGGCGGACGUCCCUCCUCUUCCUUCUCCCAGCGGCCCUCCUGAUGGGAUCUGGAUGGAGCUGCCCUUCGAAAUGCCAAUGCCCAGACCAGGAGAAAGUGGUCUUUUGCAACAGCCGCAACCUGACGACUGUGCCGGGCAGGAUCCCACCCGAUUCCGAGUUCCUGGACCUGAGCCGGAACUCUCUCCGCACGUUGCGCCAGGGCAUGUUCACCCGCCUCGAGGCCCUUAAAGAGCUGGACCUGAGCCAUAACGUCAUCUCCAACAUCGAACACGGGGCCUUCAACCGGCUGCAGAAGUUGAUGACCCUCCGGCUGAAGGGGAACAGGUUGAAGAUGGUGCCAGAGGGUGUCUUCAUGGAGCUGCCCAACCUCUCUGUCCUGGACAUCAGCACCAACCAGAUCCUCCUCUUCCUCGACCGCUCCUUCAAGGACCUGUCCAAUCUCCGGAGGCUGGAGACAGGGGAGAACCACCUGGUCUUCAUUUCGGGCCAAGCGUUCAGCGGCCUCCACCACCUCCAACAGCUGACGCUGGAGAAGUGCAACUUGACCAACAUCCCAACAGAAGCCCUCUCCCACCUCCACCAACUUGUAGAACUCCACCUCAAGGUCUUGAACGUCAGCAUCAUUCCCAACCACUCCUUCAGGAAACUCCAUCACCUGAAGGUUCUGGAGAUCCACCGGUGGCCUUUCUUGAGGACACUGGAGCCUCUCAGCCUCUCCGGCUUGAACCUCACUUCCUUGUCCAUCACCAGAUGCAACCUCCAUGACAUUCCUUACAAAGCCAUCAAGCACUUGGCUCAUCUCCGGGUCCUCGAUCUCUCUUCCAACCCGAUCUCCGUGAUCCGUGGUCGGAAGUUGGUUGAGCUCUCCCGCCUCCGGGAGUUCCACCUCACAGGCGGCCGGCUGUCCACAAUCCAGGCCGAAGCCUUUCGAGGUCUCCUCCACUUCCGUGUCCUCAACGUCACGGGCAAUGACUUGCGGACUCUUGAGGAAGGCGUCUUCCACUCUGUGGGGAAUCUGGAAGUCCUCCGACUGGACAGAAACCCCUUGGCUUGCGACUGCCGCCUCCUAUGGAUAAUUCGGAGGAGAAGGAGGUUGAAUUUUGAGGCCCAGCCGCCCAUCUGUGCUACCAACUCCACAAGAGCAGGGAAAGUUUUCCAUAAAUUCUCAGACGUCCCACCGGGCCACUUCACCUGUCGGAAGCCAACGAUUGAGGACAAAUCUCCGCAGGGAGUGAGCGUCGAGGAAGGCAGCCAGGCAAAUUUCACUUGCAGGAGCGACGGAGACCCUCCGCCCAUAGUUUUCUGGGUGUCGCCUCAAAACCAGACCUUGGACGCCAGCCGCAAGGGCCGGAUCAUGGUCCUUCCUGACGGCACGCUGAGAAUCCAGUACGCCUUGCCUGAAGACAGCGGGCUGUACCGUUGCGUGGCCAGCAACGUGGCGGGCAACGACACCAUGGCGGCCAACCUCCAGGUCUCCGAAGCGGUCUUCAAUGACUCCUUCAUCGGCGACGGCCCUGACUUUCUCAACGAGACGCAGGCCCACCGCCCAUUCCUGGUGGACACUGGGACUUUGGUGGGAAUCCUAGCCCUCGGUAUCGUGCCCUUCCUGUGCUCCGUGGCCAUUUGCUUCGUCUUCAUCUCCCUCUGGAGCAAGGGCCGAGAGAACAUGAAGCACCACGUGAUCGAUUCGGUACCCCGGGUCUCCCGCGGUUACAAGGCCAUGUCUAGCCAACGCAGGAUGGCACCUAAAAAACCCAAAUGAACUUCCAAGCUGGCUUCCAACAGGGAGACAGACGGUGCUGUUCUGUUCUCCUCAAACGCCAGCACCUCCAAGCCGAGGGAAGUCUUCCAUUCCCACCGAAUUUCUGCCCUUCACUUGCCCCGCCCCACCUCCACCCCAAGGGGUGUAUUUCUUGACCCAAGGAAAGCACAGGUUUUCCAUCCCGCCUGGAGAGUUUCAAACCAGUAUGGAGGCCUCUCUCCGAAAGAGAUCCUUUUCACACCAAGGUGGCCCAGAGUAAA